AUGGAAGAGCAAGACCAAACUGGCUCCACCUCGAGCUGGGCCCCCCGCGAAGCGGCUAACCAGGGCGCCGCUAACCAGGACGCUAACCAGGACGCUGCUGCCCACGCCGCUAACCACGCCGCUAACCACGCCGCUACCCACGGCGCUACCCCCGAUGAAGACAUUUUAAAAAAGAAGGGUGCGCAGAAAGAAGUGGAGAAAAGCGUUGUCCCGCUAAACAUGGACUGGGUAAAAGUGAUGAACCUGAUCUACGCCAGCAGAGACGUGGACGCGACUACGCUGGCUUUCAAUGCGGCCAUGUCGGCAGUGGAAAAGAAGGGCUGCCUGAAAAGCAUGCUGGAGCUAUUCGAAAUAAUGAAAAAAAAAAACAUAAAACCAGAUUUGGUAUCGUACAAGCUACUGCUCCGUCUAUGUGCCAAUUACCACCUGGGGGAACACGCUGAAAUUUUAUUUGACGAGAUGGUCGAGACGGACAAAUUAACUCCAACGUACGAAAUUUACGCUCUCAUGAUAAGCUGCUUUGCUAAAGUGGGGGACGGGCACAAGGCCGUCGAGUUUGUGGAGAAGCUGCGCAGCGACCCCCUCGUGGAGGAAGUAAACAACUGGGGGGGGGAUAGCAGCGGUGUUGGCGAUAGCAGCGGUGGAGGAGAUAGCAGCGGUGGAGGGGAUAGAAGCGGUGCAGGAGACAGCAGCGGUGAUGGCGACGGCAGCGGCGAGAACCGCGUAUGGAAGGACGCCUUUGCGGAAGAGGCCGCCACAGAAGAAGGCGCAAAGGAGGAAGGAAACAACUACACAAAUCAGUUUAAAGAAAUAACGAAGAAAAUCAAACACAUCGAAAAGGGGAGCAGCAAAAUACAGUUCAGCGAAUACACCAAUGUGAUCUUCGCAUGCAACAUGUCCAAUUUACCUGAACAAGGAAUAAAAUAUUUUGAGGAAUUAUUAAACACAGGAAAGUACAUGCCCUCUACCCUCCUCCUGGAAAGCAUAUUCGACCUGUUGGCAAAAAAUGGAAAAUAUGAAAAGUCCCUAGAGUAUUACAACAAACUGAAGGAUGAUCCAAAUUUUAAAAAAUAUAUCAAUGUCAAUAUCCUAAAUAAUAUUUUGAAAGCAUUAACUGUGCAUGGAAAAAUUAAUAUAAUCGAACAAGUGUGGAAAAAUGAAUUCGAUGAUUUAAUGUUAACUCCAAAUGCUAUUUCUUAUGGAUUUAUGUUGAACGCUUACAGCAUUGUUGAUGACUAUGAAAAAGCAUUCAAGCUAUUUAAAGAAAUGCAUAUGAAAAAAUUGUUAAAUAAAAAAAAUAUUAUUCCCUUUGUAUACACAAUUAAUGCUUUUAAAAAUUGUGGGAUAUAUAAUUACGCCAUUUAUGUGUUGAGAGUAGCUAAACUGUUGGAUGUUUUUUCGGAGGAUUUACUGAAGCUUUACAAUAACGCCAUGAUUGCUUGCGUGAAUUGUAAAAAGUACGAUGUGGUCAUUUCGCUUUACGCUGAACUCAUUACUAUGCAAGAAAAAGGUGCGCCUUCUCUCGAAAUCAACAUCAGCACGCUUGGCUUCGUCCUUUUGGCCUUUAAAGAACUCAACAUGCGCGAAGACUUUACAAAUUUGAAAAAUUUAAUAAUUCAGAAAAAUUACAAGUUGACUCCGCUGUGCGCCAAGUUGGUCAGCGAGGAGUCCGACUCAUGA